UGUAAACCCACAAACAGUUGACUCAUUCAAUUCACAAAUAUUUUACAUACAAACUUGGCGUGAGGAACAAUAGCUUAGGACGGAACUAUCAGAUUAACUUCAUACAGUCAAAAGGAGGAUGGUUUCAUAUAAUCCCAUUAUUAAGGCUACCGUCUUCUCCCUUCCACAGCAACCAUUUGAAGCACCAAUUGUUUUGAUUUCAAGGCUUUCUUGUACUGGAACAGCGCCAUGGACGGCGGACAAAUCGAUGAUAGAGAGAAGGAUGUGGUGGAGGAUGGACCGGAAGCUGCUUGCGAUGGGGCGGUAGUGGAUUGUUCUGAUGAUGAACCCCAAGUGGUCGAUGAAAUACCUGUUCGAGUUCGACAAUCUUACUUUGACGAAGUCUUGUCAGUUGAGAGCCCGAAUAUAAAUGCCAUGAUCAAGAAGGCUGAAGAAACUAUUGAAAGGAUAAAUGAAGAUCAAGUUCUGUUAGCCCAGAAGAUAAGGAAAAGAGUGAUGGAUAGCGAUGAGGUGAGGGCGAAAUUGAGCGCGAUAAAUUACUAUGAUAACUAUGGACUCACUCCAGAUUGGGAAAGAGACAGAUUGGCUGUGCUGCAUCUAUCACUAGACAAACUGAGUUUUGCAAACAAUGCAUAUAAGGAUAAAUCGAAUAAGUCGUGCUUGUCGGGAGGGGAAGUGGAUAAGCAAAAACUGUGUUUCUUGAUGGGACAUGACUGUAAAAACAUGGCCGAUGAGAGGAAGCUAUUAAGGGAGAUGAAUGCAAUACAAGGGAAGGAUGGUGGGAUGACAGUGGAAGAACUCCAGGCUCCUAUUUUUGGGUUUAUGCAACAGAUCGAAUGCCUAAAAGAGCAAAUGCGCAACAACUAUUGGGAUUGUGAGAAAUCCAGAGACGAUGUUGGUCGUGAUAAAGCCAUUCUGAAAGACGUACAACAACAUAAGAUUGGCAGGGAGAAAGGUAUUGGCGAUGGUGUUGUGAACGGAAAAUUGUGGAAGUCCUUGGGUUCACAAGAAUCCAUUCGAGUAGAAUUGCAGGCUCUGAGCAAGGAUUGGGAUGAGGCAGCGGAAAAUCAGAUAAAAGUAAAUGCCAAAAUGAAGAAGCUAAAGAAAAAGGUAGAGAAGGUAGAAAAGGACAUAAGUUGUUUACAGAAACGCUUGAAAGAUGGCGAUCGCAAAAAGGAUGCGGCAUACAACACCAUUCUCAAGCUGAAGAAGCAGCAGGAAGGGCAUAGUGUUACAUCAAAAUCCAAGUUACAAGUAAUUUAGAUUAGAUUACACGCUGAUUUACAAGUACGAUCGAUGAGGAGAAGGCUGCAAAAACAGAGAUCUACUCUUUUCCUUUCAUUUUGAAAUGCCUACCUAGGUUUUAUAAACAUUGUGCAACAUGUGGCGCAAUGCGACUGGACAGACCUUUUUCUAGAAGAAAAAAAAAACACUACCUUAAAUGUAACAUUCCGUAUAUAACACUAUUAAUGAACUCAUAAAUUCUACUCCUUUCAAACUUUAAUUUUACGUCUUUUUUCUGUUUCUUCCUAUUAAACAUUUUCCGGAUAAAAGCUUGAUUGAAGAAAAGCUCAUUAGUUUGAUUUUCUGUUUCUUUUCUCCACUAUCAGUUCAUCCUUAACUUAGAAACUGGUUCCCACAAUGCCUCUUAACAACAAGUUGUUAGUUCAAAUCUCACAUCUUAAACUU